AUGGCCUCACCACGCAAUGCCGCGUCCGGCGCGAGAGUGACGCCCGAAGUCGAAUCGAUCAGCUCGUUAUUGCUUCAUCCGCUAUUGCAGGACCCAAAGUUCGUUGCCGCUGUACUGGCGGUAUUCCUCUCGGUCGUGCUCUUCACUUGUAAACCAUCUGCGAAACGCCGGGUCGGUGGAAGAAGCGGAACGCCGACGGUUCUGCUCGUCGGACCGGCAGAUAGCGGCAAGACAGCUUUGUUUGCAAAGCUGGCCCACGGAUCCCGCACGGAGACGCACACAUCGAUCACUCCGAGCUCUACGACGUUCUCGCUGGACUCCGAAGAUCCAGCGCGGACAGCUAUUCGACUGGUCGACAUUCCUGGUCAUCCAAGAUUGAGAGACGAAGUCAAGCGAAACUUGAAGACUGCGAGUGCUGUGGUCUUUGUCGUGGACAUACAGGCGUUAUUGAGGAAUGCUGGAGCCAUUGCUGAGGAGCUUCCACCAAUCCUGACCACUGUCGCAUCCGCCUCUCUCGCCUCUGGUCAGCCGACCAAGCUCCUCCUCCUCGCUAGCAAGGCCGACCUCCUGUCCCGACCAUCACCCACGACCCCCUCCCCCACCCUCUCCGCCUCGACCCGACAAACAGCAGCGGACCGGCUCUCCUCCGUCCUCACGCGCGAGAUGGACCGUCUGAAGCAGUCCCGUGCGUCCACAGGCGGCCGGAUUGAGGGUAUAGGCAGGGUGCAGAGCUCGGGCGGGACAGGCCUGGCGGGGCUGUGGAAGCGAUUCUUUGGCGGAAGGGGAGGGGGAGAUGUGGAUGACGCGGAGCUGGAAGAGGAUGAGACGUUGGUGUGGGGUGGGAGGGGGACUUUCAGGUGGGAGGAUGUGGAAGGUGUGGAGAUUGCGUGGGGCGUCUCGGCGUUGGGUGCGGUGAAGGCUGUGGGGGAGGAAGGGGAGGGGUUGGACGAGGUGAGGGAGUGGCUGAGGUCGGUGUGA